AUGGCCGAUCAAGAAGAACAUCACCACCCUCAUCGAACAACGGCCUCGGCUAAUUUCACAUCAGCUAGUGAUGGAUCUAUAUCUCAAGUUCAUGUAAAUGUAUCUGAUACAGAUGCAAUAUUUAAUUCAACAGAUAAUCCACCAACGACAACUACAAUUAGUACCAUUGCUGUUCAAGCUGGUGAAUCUAGAAUUAUUUUAGCUAUUCUUCGAAGUUCAGAUAUUGUACGAGUACGUAUUCAACAAAUGGAACCUGAUUUAUUAGAUAUUGGUUCAAAUCUUGGAGAUACAAUAAAAUAUCAAACUGUUCAUGAUGAAUUAAUCAGUAAAUUGAAAGCUAAACAAGAUCACAUAACAGAACUGUUGACACGUGCAGACGAUCUUGUCACUCAACAAAAAUCAUACAAUGAAGUAUACGAAGCUAUGGCACGUAGUUUAGGUGAAGCAUGGAAAGAACUUAAUUUACAACUUGAAGGUCGAAGGAAUCUAUUAAAUCAGGCGAUACGUUAUCAUACAAUAGCGAAUCGAUUUAAUGAACGAGUUAAUGAUGCUCGUUCAUGGUUUACAUCAUUAGAAAAUGCAAAUUUUGAUAAUAAAUUAUUGAAUGUUUUAUUUGAUGAACAUGAUUUAUAUCGAAAAGAAGUUUUAGAAGCAUCAUUAGAUACAAUAAAUGAAGGGCAACGAUUACUUGAAUGUAUUAAACAUUUAGGUUCAUUAAAUGAAUCAAUAAAUCAACAUUCAAUUGUUGCUGCUUGUUUUGAAAUUGAACAUUUACUUGGUAUACAUCAUGAAGAACGACAACAAUUUGAAGAUGAAUGGGAGAGAAAUAGAAAAAUAUUAAGUGAAUAUAUACAAAUGUCUGAAAUUAAAGAUGAUAUUGAUCAAAUUUUAAAUUGGUUACAAGAACGAGGUCAAUCUUAUUUAGAAAAUACUGAUCUUGGACGAACAUUAGAUGAUAAUAAACGAUUACAAAAUAUUCAUAAUGAAAUUGAACAUGAAUCACAAAAUGUACAUGAUCGAGUUCUUCGUUGUAUGCGUGCUGCUGAUUCUUGGGUACAUACGGGUUUAAUACGAGCUGAUCGUUUACAUGCACAUGCUCAUACACUUUUAGCCUUAUGGGAAAAAUGGGCGCUUAAACUUGAUAGUCGACGUAGAUUAUUAAGAUUAACAUCGAAAUUUUAUAUUGAUUCAUCAAAUGCAUUGACAGUACUUGAUUCACUUGAUACACAACUUUUAUCUCUUUCAACGAAUCAAUUACGAUCAAGUGAAGAUUUAAUACAAGAAUAUAAUCAAAUUAAUGAAAAAUUAAUUCAAUCAACAGAUAUUCCACUUCGUGAAGGACAUAUUUUAUUAGAAAAAACUUCAAUAAAUGAUUCAAGUACUCAAACAAUACGUGAACGUGUUUAUGAUUUAGAAAAACGUAUUGAAAAAAUACGACUUAAAUUAAAAGAAGAUUAUGAUAAAUUAGAUCGACAAGGUUCAUCAUUAUAUCAAACAUUUGAUCAUGAAUGUACAAGAUUACAAUCAUGGUUAUAUAAUGUAGCUGAACGUUUUCUUAAUUCUAAUAGAAUUUUUAUUGAUUUAAAUAAUAAUAUUGAUAUAACCCAACAAGCAAAUGAUUUUUUAGAAUCUCAUCAACAAAUUAUUGAACGUGAUUUAAAGAAUCGUGAAGAAGAUAUACAUCGUCUUGGAACAUUAGUUCAUGAAUUACAAUUAAGUAAUGAUCGUAACUGGCAAACAGCACGAACACGAUUCGACAACAUAUUCCCCGUAUGGCAAAAUUUAUCUGAUAAAAUUAUUCGACGUCAUACACUUGCUCAAUCCUAUGUCGAUUUUCGGUAUCAAGCUGAACAGUUAUCAAAUGGUUUAGCUAGUAUUGAUGAUGUAAUCGGUUAUCGUGAUAAUAUUGAUCUGUUACCAGAAUCAGCAGUAAAACAUAUUGAAGAAACAUGGUCGAAUUUACGAAGUAAUUAUCAUGAAUUGAUAAAUAAUAGUAAACGUAUUCGUCAUGCUUUGGAAACGGAAUCUGAACAUCUUAAUUUACAAUCACAUGAUACUCAACGAUCUAUAUUUGAUCAAUGUGAACAUAUAACCCGUAAAUUUGAACAGAUAUCUUCAAGUUUCGAUUUAUGGAUUCGAAAAUUAGCAAAUUUAAAAGAUUUCAAAAAUCAAUGGCAACAAUUUGUUUACGAUGCAAGAACUACAAUUGAUAAAGUUCAUCGAUUUGAAUUAAAUAUUGUUCCAGCAUCAUUUUCAACAAAUGAUAAUAUUGAAAAAUAUCAACGUUUACUUAGCGAUUUUGCAAAUAGUGUUCAAGAAAUAACACGUGAAGUUGAAGAUCGUUUAAGAAUAGCUGAACAAUUAAGUAUGCGUGGUGAAACAAAUGGACAAAAAGAACAAAUUGUUAAUGAACUUGUUAAAGUUCAUCAACAAUAUUUAUCACGAAUUAAUCAAACACGAAGUUUCUUACAUACAAUGAUAGAUUAUUAUAAAAAUACAUCGAAAAUUGAAAUACAAUUAACAAAUAAUGAGCAAAUACUCCUAUCAUUACCAAAUGAUAUUCGUAGUACAGAAGUUUUAAUGAGACAAUAUGAAACUGAACGAGAAAAAAUUAUUCAAACCUACGAACAAUGUCGACAAGAUGCUCGUUUAGCUGAAAAUAAAGCACAACAGUGUGGAACAACUACAUUUAUUAAUGAAAUUUAUUUGAAACAAAAUGAAAUUGAAUCUAAAUAUACUCAAUGGCAACAGCAAUGUGAAGAGAAUCGAUCCAAAUUAAAACAACGUGUUGAAUGGUGUCAAUUUCUCGAUGAUAAAUAUAAGAUUGUUUAUGAAAUUAGUUCAUUACAACAUGAAAUUGAUCGACGAAAACAAAGUAUUCCACAAACAUACCGAGAUGCACUGAAUCGUGUUGAAACGAUGCAUGAAAUAAAUCGUCUUUAUGAUAGUUGUGAACGAGCUGUUCGAAGAUUUCGUACGACAGCUGAAAUAAUGAUUCAGCAAAAACAUCCAGAAUAUGAACAAGUUGAAUAUGAAAUAAGAGAUGUUGAAAAAAAAUUAUCCGUGGUUCAUGUAUCUAUUGGUGAUUAUCGUGAACAUGUUGAUAAAACAACUACUUAUUAUAAACUUAUUGAUGAGAUGGAACAAUGGCAUCAAGAAUCGAGUCAACUUUUAAUACAAAUUGGUCGAGAUACAAUGCAUUGUCAAACUGCAUAUGAUACAAAGAUUUUACUUGAUAAAGUUUCAAAAGCUAUUGAUCAAGGAAAAGAAUAUGAACAAGAAAAAAUGAAAUAUAUUACUACAUUAGCAGUUGAUGUUUUCGGACCUGAUGAAGGUCAUCAUCAAAUAAAACAUGUUACCGCAAAAAAUAUUGAAGUAAUCAAUGCAUUUAUUAAAGUACAUCAAGAUAUAUCAGUUGUUCAACGUAAUUUUGAACAUCGAACAGAUUAUUACAAAGAAACUAAACAACUUCCUGUUUUUAUUAAACCACUAAAAGAUAUAACGAUUAAUGAAGGAACAAAAUUUACAUUUGAAUGUAUAAUUGAUGGAGUUGAACCAAUUAAUGUGACUUGGCUUAAAGAUAAAACAUUUAUUUCAUCAUUAACCCACGAUAUACAAUAUGAACGUGGUCUAGCUACAUUAUCACUUAUUGAUGUACAAAAAGAUGAUUCAGCUUAUUAUACAUGUCGAGCAAGUAAUACUGCAGGCACUGUAGAAAGUUCCGCAUAUCUUAUUGUAAAAGUUGGAAUACCCAUAAUUGGUAAUGACAAUAAAUAUCAACAAUAUCAUGCACCAACAUUUGUCGAACCAUUACGUUCACAAGAUGCAUCUAUUGAUUCAACCGUUAUAUUUGAAUGUAUUCUAUAUGGUGAACCAACACCACAUGUCAUUUGGGAACGUGAUGGUGUUGAAUUAUGUGAAGGAGAUUCUCUAUCGGAUUCUACAUCGAAACAUCAAUUAUAUCGUUUAACACUUCGACAUGUACAAUUAAGUGAUGCUGGAGAAUAUGCAUGUAGAGCAAGAAAUAUUACUGGUGAAGCAACAUCGGUAGCUGAUCUUUGUAUUUAUUCUAAUCAACAACAACAUGACAUUAUAAUGUCAAUGGAAUACGAGCCACGUCUUACUGAACCAUUAAAAGCAUCAUAUAUAAUACGUGAAGGACAACCAGUUAAACUCUCAUGUCGUUUCGAUGCGAAUCCAAGAGGUGAUGUUCAAUGGUUAAAAGAUGGAAUACCAAUUGAUUUUGAUGAACUUGGUAUUUCACGAGAUUUUACGGUUGUAAAAGAAUAUGACUAUACAGCAUUAUUAAUAAAAGAAGCUUUUCCAGAAGAUGAAGGCUCGUAUGCAGUUGUAAUUCGUAAUUUCUUAGGUGAAGCACGAUCAUUUACACAACUUACUGUAGAAGAAUUUUUCUGUCGAACACCUGAAUCUGAAAUGUCCGAUACACCAUGUAAACCUAUAUUUGUUCAACCACUUCUUGAUACAACUAUAAAUGAAGGACAAAAAUUAAAACUACAUGCUGCAAUAAAUGCUCAUCCUGAACCUGAAAUUAUUUGGUAUUGUAAUAAUAUUCCAUUAAAAAAUACACGUGAUGUUACAUUGGCAUUUGAUGGACAAUUAUGUACAUUAAUUAAAGAUCGAUGUGAGAAAGAAAAUGAUCAUGGAUUAUAUCGUAUAACAGCUGUUAACUCAAUGGGACAAGCUGAAUCAAUAUGUCAAGUAAAUAUACAAUCCAAAGAUACACAAAUAUUUCGUGAUCGUAUACAAACUGUUCGUUCAGCACCAAAUAUUAUAGAAACAUUCGAAAAUAGAACAGUUCAUGAAGGUGAACGAAUACUUUUUCAAGUACGCAUCACUGGACAACCUAAACCGCAAAUUAUUUGGUAUAAAGAUAAUCAACCAUUACGAAAUACUCAUGAUCAUAAAAUUCGAAAUCAAGAUGAUAUUUAUACACUUGAAAUACCUGAAUUAUUUAUGGAUGAUGCUGGUACUUAUAUGGUCAAAGCCAUUAAUAUUGAUGGUGAAGCAAAAUGUGAAAGUAUAUUAACUAUUUUACCUGCAAUGAAUACAAUGUCAAUGAAUACGGAACAAAUAAAUAUUCAAUCAAAUAGUUUUCCACCUGAAUUUCCUCAAGUAUUUACUGAUCGAAAAUCAUCAAUGAAUAUCGAACAAAUGAAUAUUCAAUCAAAUAGUUUUCAACCUGCAUUUCCUCAAGUAUUUACUGAUCGAAAACCAUCAAUGAAUAUGGAACAAAAUAUUCAAUCAAAUGGUUUUCCACCUGAAUUUCCUCAAGUAUUUACUAAUCGAAAAUCAUCAAUGAAUAUCGAACAAACAAAUAUUCAAUCAAAUAGUUUUCAACCUGAAUUUCCUCAAGUAUUCACUGAUCGAAAACCAUCAAUGAAUAUCGAACAAAUGAAUAUUCAAUCAAAUGGUUUUCCACCUGAAUUUCUUCAAUUAUUUACUGAUCGACAGUCAUCAAUCAAUUCAACAAUAAAAUUUGAAGCUCGAUUAAUUGGUACACAACCAUUAAAUGUUUAUUGGUUAUUCAAUGGUAUACCAAUAUUGAAUUUACCAAAUAAUCAACGAUAUCAACAGCAAAUUUUAAAUGAUACAUAUUCAUUAACUGUACAUGAUGUUCAAUACGAAGAUAUUGGAAGAUAUACUUUAAAUGCAGAAAAUUCUUGGGGAAAAGCAACAUGUACUGCAGAAUUAUUUAUUCCGCCAACUUCAAUGUCUGGUACGGAAAGUAAUAGCAAUAUGUUGUCCGAUCUACUCGUUAAAAUGUCACCUUCGCCACCUUCGAAUCGAAAACGACAUAUUGAAACUACUCAACAACAUCAACAACAAACAUCAUCAACGAAUACACAUGAAUAUGAACAAGAAUUUGAAAAUCGUCGACAUUCAUCAUUUAGUUCAUCAAAUACAAAUAAACGUUAUCGUCCAUUACAAUCUUCACUUGAACGUGCACACUCAAUAACACGUGACGAUGAAUGUCGUCGACGACAAUAUCCAAAAUCUAUUGAUGUUUUUAUUCCAUUUGAUCUACUUGAGAAAGAACGUACUCAACAACACCAGCAACAACAACAACAACAACAACAAAGUACAAAAUCUACAACAAUGACACGAAGUUAUGAAUGUGAAGUUGAACAAAAACGACGUUCAUCAUCAAUGAGUAAUAAACAACAACGUAAAACAGAUUUUAAUGAACAAGAAGAAUAUUUACGUUGUUUACGUGAUUUAACAGAAGAAUAUGAAAAAAAUAAACGACAAAAAAAAUCUGUUGAUAAUCGAAAGAAAAAAACAACUAUUGAUACACAGGAAGAAUAUGAGAGUAUUGAAGAAGUUUAUCAUCAACGAAUACCAGCAACAACAACAACAACGACAACAACAGAAGAAAUUAUUCAACGUUCAGCAUAUCAAAUACCAAAAUUACCAUUGACAACAUCAACAACAAUGAAUAGAACAUCAUCAUCAUCAAUGAAUCGUAUAAAUCAAUUUGAAAGACAAUUUGUUGAUAAUUUUGCAAUUCGUCCACUUCAACAACAACAACAACAAACAACAAUAUCAUAUUCAGGAAGAAAUGAAAAUGAACAACGUUUAACAGCAGCACAACGUUCAUUUUCUGAAGAAUUACUUUAUAAACGUUUAAUACCAACAGCUAAACAAUUAUAUACAACACCAUCAGCAACAGCAAGUGAAGCUGGUUUUGUUACAAGUGAAGAAGAUUUAACAACAAUGGAAUAUCGUCUUAAACGUAAAGAACGUUUAAAACCAAUACGUAUUUUUUCAUCAACAAGUUCAAUACCAGGUGAAACAAGUAUUAAAUAUGUUCGUACAGAACGUCAACCUGUUGAACUUCUCGUACCAAAACCACAAAUAGUAACAACACAAGGUGAACAUUCAACAACAGUUGUUAAAGAUGUUCGACGUUCAACAGGAAAAAUUACAACAAAUGUUCAUCAACAAAAUCAACGAGCAACUAUUGAAGGUGAACAUGAAUUACGUAUUAUUGAAGAACCAAUAUCAUCUGGUCAAACAUUACCAGUUGAAUUUACAAUACCAAAACCAGUUGAAAUUUUACCAUCUGAACAUUCAUCGACAUUUGUUGUUGAAUCAAAAAAAGGUGGACGUUUUCAAACACUUGAUAUUAGUAGUGCAUUAACACGUGAACAUACACUUACUGGUGAACAUGAACUUCGUGUUAUAUCUGAACCUAUAUCAUCUGGUUUACAUAAUAAAGCAGUUGAAUUAUUAUUUCCUAAACCACCACUUCCACCUGCACCAAGUCAACAUUCAUCAACAGUUGUUAAACAUACACGUGCAGCUCCAUCAAGUCUUAUAGUUGAUAAUAUACAAACAACAUUAAAAGGUGAACAUGAAUUACGUUACGUUGAUAAACCAAUACAAUCAGGUCCAGCUGAUAGUGUUGAAUUAAUUGUACCGAAAAGUGUUACAGAAACAGCUGAACAUACAACAACAAUUGUAACUGAAACUCAACCACAAAGACGUGUUUUAGAAAUAACUGGUAGUGGAAGAAAAAUGGAAAGUGAACAUGAAACAAAAUUCUUUCGUGAUUCUGUUCGUGUUGAAGAAGAAGUUGAAGUUCGAUUACCUAAACAACAAAUUGAACGUGCUGAACAUACAACAACAAUUGUUAAACAUAGUCGUGGUAAAGGACCAAUUAUUGAAGUUGAUUCAACACAUCGAAGAAUUGAAGGUGAACAUGAAACAAGAAUUGUUGAAGAAUCAGUUGAAGCUAGAGCUAAUUCAAUGCAAUUAUUAGUUGCUAAACCACAAUUACCAGCAGAACAUAGUACAACUAUUGUUAAAGAACAACGUGGUAAAUCACAAGUCUAUUCUAUUGAUAGAACACAAUCGAUUCCGGGCGAAUAUGAAACAAAAUAUUAUGAACAACCCGUUGAAGCAUUUGGUGAAAUGCAAGUUGUAUUUCCUAAACAUCAACCUGUAAUUGGUCCACUUGAAGGUGAACAUAUGUCAACAUUAAUUAAACAAGUUCAUGGAAGACAAAUUGUCUAUGAUGAUCGUCUUCGUGAAAUUCCUGGUGAACAUUCAUUAACAGUUAUUGAUAAUACUCGAGUAGAUAGAGGUGCUGAAAGUGAAGUUGAAUUUAUUGUACCUAAAACACAAAUGAGACGUACUGAAGAAUAUUCUAGAACUAAUAUCCAAAAUCGUUCUCAACGUCCAGUAAGUUCUAGUGAUUAUGAUGAAGUAUUUGCUUCGUCAGCUGGUGAAGAAGAAACAAUUCGUCGACGACGUUAUCGAUAUGAUGAAGAAGAAGAAAGUGGUUGGACUAGUGGUGGUGAACAUACAACAACAUAUGUUAAACAUGCACGUGCUAAAUUUGAACCUGUUGAACUUGUCGUAGAUAAACCACGAAUAAUGCCUAGUAUAUCAACAUUAAUUGCUGAUAUACAAGGACCUGCACAAAUAACAUCAAUAAGACCUUCAACAGUUGUUAUUCCAGAAGAUAGUUCAGUUAAAUUAAAUAUGGAUUUAAAUAGUCAAAAUAUUCAAGAACAAUAUGAUGAAAUGGAAUUAGUUUUUGAAAAACCACUUGUACGUGAUAGUUCAACAAAAUUAUUAGCAACUAUUCAACCAGGUUUAGAAAUAAAAUCAUUUCGACCAACAACAAAUAUACAACAACAAACUAAAACUAUUGAAGAAAAUAGUUCAUCAUUAACUAUGCAAAUGCAACAAGAACAAGAAGAGGAAACAUUAGAACUUCGUAUACGUAAACCACAUAUUCAAGAAAGUUCAAGUGUUCUUAUAGCUAAUAUUCAACCUGAAUUAGGUAUACAAGGAGGAUUAAAAGCUAGUCCGUAUAUUCCACAACCAAUUGAAGAAUCAAGUACAGCAUUAACUAUGGAAUUAAAUGCCGAUCAAGAAAUAGCACCAUUUGAAUUAAUUAUACCACGUUUUGGUGUUGAAUCAUCAACAAGUACAGUUGUUGCUCAAAUAGCACCAACUAUGGCUGGUAUACGUGCUAAAGUUGAUGUACCACAUGUUGAAAAAUCCACAUCAAAAUUUGUUCUUGAACAAAAAAAACGUUUCGAUGAAGAAGUUGAAUUAAUUAUGCCUAAACCAAGACGUAUUGAAACAAGUACAACAACAAUGCUUGCUGAUGUUGAAGCUAAACUUGAAACAAAACAAAUACGUCCAAGUCAAUAUCAAUCUGAAACAUCAACAUCAACAUUUUAUUUAGAUCAAACAAUACCAGAUGUUAUACCAGAACCAGUUGAAAUACGUCUAAGACAACCAAUUAUAGGUGAAAGUUCAACAACAUUAUUAGCUAAUGUUAAAGCAACAUUAGAUACACAACAAAUAAAAGUACUUGGAAAUCAAUAUCAACCUAUGCAAGAAAGUUCAUCAGCUUUAUUUAUUGAUACUAUGUCGAAUCAAAUUCAACCAUCUGAAGUUGAACUUAUUCUUCCUCGUCCACAUAUACAAGAGAGUACAUCUGUUGUUUUCGCUGAUGUUCGUCCAACACUUGAUACAUCACAAACACAUAUUGUAUUUCCACAACCUAUACAAUACCCUGUUAAAUCGAGUAGUCAACUUAUUUUACAACAAGAUGAAAUUGAAAUAGCACCUGUAGAAUUACAUUUACAUCGACAACCUAGUUCACAUACACUUGUGGCUAAACUAGAUGAUACACGAACGAGAACCAAAGAUAUGUAUGUUUUAGGUACUGGAAAUACUCAAGAACAACAACAAUAUGGAUAUCAAACGAGAGAUAGUUCAUCAACAUUAUAUACAGAUUAUAAUAAUAGACCAGUUGAUACAAGAUAUACUAGUGAUAAUCGUAGAGUAUCAUCAAUGUCAGAACAACAACGACGAGAAUUUCAUUCGAAAAUGACAACAAGUACUAGUGGCGGUGGCGUUGGAGUCUCAGACAAUAGUUCAACUUUUAUUACUGAAAUUGAACCACGUCAAUUAGAACCAGUAGAAUUUAUUGUAUCUGGUAGUUUAACUGGAAAUAAUAAUAGAUUAGAACAAUAUUCAAGUGGUGGUACAAAUCAUUUAACAACAACUACAACGACAACAUCAACAACAAAUAAACGAACAAUAGCAUCAACAGAAAAUACAAACUAUGAUACAACAAAAAAUAUUGGUUCAAAUGAAAAUUAUGCACCAUAUUUUAUUAGUUCUUUACAUGAUCAAACAGUUCGUGAAGGAGAAUCGGUACUUUUUGAAAUUGUUGUAUCUGCUUUACCAUUAGCAGAAAUCAUAUGGGAUAAAGAUGGUGAAAUAAUCGGUAUGGAUUCCGCAUUUCGUAUUGAUUAUUAUAGUGAUGGUCGAGCAACACUUUAUAUUCAAGAAACAUUUAUCGAUGAUCAAGGUUAUUAUACAUGUACGGCAGUAAAUUCAUUAGGAUCAUGUCGUACAACAGCACGUCUUAUUUGUAAAUCAACAAAUGAACGUAUGUCACCAACACGUCGUCAAUUAAAUACAUCAGCUGUAUCUUCAUCUGUUCAAUUUCAACGACAGACAAGUGGACCAUCACAACAAGCAGCUUCCUAUCGAGUUUAUUCACAUUCAGAACCAUCAUUAACAUCUCGUCAAGAAAGUCCAUCAAAAAUUGUAACAGAAAUUACAGAAGAAACACAAGUUAUACAAAUACCUCCACAAAAACCACAAUAUCAACAACAUAAUGAAAUUAGUUAUACCGUUCAAGGUAAACAACCAAAAUUAGAACCAGUUUCAUUUCAAGUUUCAACUAUUAAAGAAAAUAUUCAACCAAAUAUAAUAAAUGAUGGUAAUAAUGAUCCAAAUCCAUUUAAAAUUUUUGGUGCAAAAUUACGUAGUCGACCAACACAAGGUAUUGUUCCGUCCUAUGACGACCCAACAACGAUGAAUUAUUCUCAAGAACAACAACAACAACAGACAAGUUCUUCAAAUUUCUCUCAAUAUCAUCCGUCUUCAUCUCAACAACCCCAUUCCUCUUCGUUUUCUUCUACACAGCCAAACUUCACAAAAGGACGUCAAUAA